AUGGCGAGAACGGAAAGUGGCUUCAUUGCAGUAGACCGCCGCGGCGAUGUUACGCUCCAAGUUGGACGCGAUUGCGAAACCAAAGACAAUUUCUGGCAGCCUGCCGAAUUUCUCGUCUGCUCUCGCACACUAGCCCGAGCAUCCCCCGUCUUUGACCGCAUGCUGUACGGGCCCUACAUCGAGGCCAUGGGCAACAAGACUGACGCGACCGGCUGGACCGUCGCGCUGCCCGAAGACAAGCCCGCCCCGAUGCAAGUCUUUCUCAACAUUGCGCAUGCCAACUUUGUCCUGGUGCCUCUCAUUCUAUCCGUGGAUAGUCUGUACGACCUGUCCGUGCUGACAAACUACUACGACGCGACGCCGCUGCUUUUACCGUGGAUCGGGGCCUGGAUGGCAUCGCUGGCGGAGAUUUCACAAGACGCCAACGAGAUUCAGUACAAGAUGCUCUGGAUCGCAUGGGAGUUUGGGAGAAAGGAGGAGUUUGGCGCGAUUGCGCACCGGAUGCUGAUGGAACAGCCGGAGCAGUGCGAAGAGGCGGCGGGGGAUCAAGUGCAAGUUCCCCAUGUCCUCGACGAAAUUGAGUCUAUUCGAGCCCAAACUAUAAGCAAGUUGCUACACAUUGUCGGUGAUGUAGCCAAGAAACUCACAGUCGGAGAUCAACGUCCGAGAUGGUGUCGUUACGCAACCCACGUGGGACACCACCAGUGCGAGCUCAUGUCACUAGGAUCAAUGACUUUUUGUCUUGCGAGGGCUGGUUUGUGGCCUCUUCCCGAGGCUGCUCAAGUCAAGCUCAGCUUGAGCGACCUCUACCGCAUCUUGACCAACCUGGUCAUUCACGACAUUGGAGCGACGGCGGACGCGCCAGAGACGGAUCAUAGGUUUUGCAACCCACGUCGGAUGCUAAUGGACCGGGUUGAUCAGAUCAUGCGGGGCAUACCUAGCCCGUUGACAGAGUUUCAUGUCCGUCAUUUGGAGAAGCAAGCAAAGAGGCUGCGUCAGGGUCAGGGGUCGACAAAGUGA